AUGGAAAGAGUAGGGGUAGACAUAUGCGGACUAGCGGAGAUCAGAUGGGAAGGACAAGGACACUUCAAUACAACGAAAGGCCAUACUGUUAUCUAUUCAGGAAAUGAAAAACGUGGACAGCAUGGCGUAGCAAUAUGGAUACAUAGGAAAAUAGCUAAAGCAAUUAUAAGCUAUGAACCAGUCAACGAACGUAUGAUGGUUGUAAGACUGAAUGCAAGACCGAAGAACAUCACAUUAGUUCAAGUAUACGCACCAACAACAACAGCUGAAGAAGAAGUCACAGCAACGUUUUACGAAGAAUUGGAACGCGCAAGCAAGAAGAUCCCCAAAAAUGACAUCAUGAUGAUGAUGGGAGACUUCAAUGCAAAGGUAGGGAAACAAAACGUAAUCGGCCCAGCCGUAGGUCCAUUUGGACUAGGUGAGGCAAAUGAUGCAGGAGAUCGUUUUAGGGAAUUCUGCGAAGAACAUGAAUUGAUACUGGUCAACACAUGGUUCAAAAAACAUCCAAGACGAUUAUACACAUGGAAAUCACCUGAUGGCAAAAGCAGAAACCAAAUUGACUACAUCACAAUCAAUCAAAAAUGGAAAACCAGCGUAAUGGACUGCACAACUUAUCCAGGUGCUGAUUGUGAUACAGAUCAUCAUUUGCUAGUCGCAACAACAAGGAUCAGACUACGCAAGAUACGCAAAAAAAACGAGACGCCGAAACUUAACGUGGAAAAACUAAAAGAAGAAAAAGCAACAGCGUUUGCCAUUACAGUAACAAACAGAUUUACAACACUAGGUGAAAUUGAAGAAGACACAACACCAGAUUUAUUAUGGAAGACAGUGAAAACAGUUUUGAUGGAAACAGCCAGAGACAUUGUCGGCUACAAGAAACAAGAAAAGCACAAAUCAUGGAUAUCAGCACAAACGAUGGAAAUGAUUAAAGAACAACGAGAAAUGAAACAGAAAGAUCCAACAAAAUACAAAAAAUUGAAAGCAGAAGUACAAAAGAAACUACGCCAGGACAAGCAAAAUCAAUUGAACGAGUUAUGCAAUGAAUUAGAAAUGGAAAACAAAAAAGGCAAUACAAAGAAACUCUUUCAAACAGCAAAAAAAAUUACAAGAAAAUUCCAUCCAAGACUUAACUGUAUAAAAUCAAAAACUGGCGAGAACAUCACCGAGACUGAAAAAAUUGCAGAACGUUGGAAAGAAUAUUGCCAAGAACUAUAUGAAGAAAAAGACAACACAAUUAAUUGGAAUUUUCAAAUCGACGAACAAGAGCCACCUCCUCUAAUAUCAGAGGUGGAACGUGCAAUAAAGGACACAGCAAGCCAAAAAACACCAGGCCCUGACGAUGUACCUGUCGAACUAAUCAAGAAUGGUGGAGAAUCGACGAUUAAACUAAUGCAUCAAAUUUGUGUAACAAUAUGGAAGACUGGAAAAUGGCCAGAAGACUGGACGGACUCUUUAUUUAUUCCACUGCCCAAAAAAGGAGAUUCCAAACAAUGUUCCAAUUAUAGGACAAUUGCACUUGUUUCACACGCGAGUAAAAUUAUCCUCAGGAUCAUUCUGGAAAGAAUCCGAAUGAAAACCGAAGAAGAAAUUGCAAUCGAACAAGCGGGAUUUCGACGUGGACGAGGAACUCGAGAUCAAGUAGUUAACCUAAGAUUAUUACUAGAAAAGACACACGAACAUCAACAAACAGUAUUCAUGUGUUUUAUCGAUUUUAAAAAAGCAUUUGAUUCAAUAUCUCACAAUAAGCUCUGGACAACAAUGAUGAAAAUGGGCUAUCCACCACAUCUGAUUCAUUUACUCGCGGAGUUGUAUCAAAAACAAAAUGCGAAGGUGAAAGUGGCAGGUACCGUUUCAGAAAGUUUUCAUAUCAAGAAAGGAGUACGACAGGGAUGUGUAAUAUCACCUUACUUAUUCAACAUCAUAGCUGAAAUGGCUAUGCGAGAAACAUUGGAAGACUUUACAGGUGGUAUCCAAAUCGGUGGUCAAGAAAUAACAAAUCUUCGUUAUGCAGAUGACAUUGUUCUUACAACACAAUCCAUGAACAAACUUCAAGAACUACCUCGUACGGAUGUGAAAGUUGGACCAUCAGAAAAGAAGACGAAGAUCGCAUAA